AAACAAGCGAAGUAUAAAUACCAGAGCUCUGGAACUGGCUGUGGCUGUUAUCUUUUUUCCCCCUUCGCCGUCUUGUACGAGCCAAGUUGCUGAGAGCCGCCAAGCAGAGGAAGGGGCGGGAGCGCGGGCUCGGCCAAAGCCCAGCCAUGUGGGUUGGGCUGGGCCUUGCCCUGGCUCUCUGUCUCCUCCCAGGAGGAGGGACGGAGAGCCAGGGCUCCAGCCCCCGUUGUAAAGAACCUCCAGAAUGGCACAUCCGGGAGGAAAACCCGAUGCUGGACUCCAGAGGUUCUGUAACAGUCGUGGCUCUUCUCCAAGCUAGCUGAUAUUUGUGCCUGCUCCAGGCUUCCAGGCUGGAAGACCUGCGACUGAAGCUGGAAAAUGAUGGAUUUACCAAUAUCUCCUUUGUGGUAGUCAACCACCAAGGGCCCAGUUCCCAGAAAAAGUAUCCCCAUCUGAGAGAGAAGGUUUCAGAGAACAUUCCUGUGUACCAGCAGGGAGAGACCCAGCCUGAUGUUUGGACUAUUCUAAAUGGAAAGAAGGAUGACUUCCUGAUCUAUGACAGGUGUGGCCGUCUUGUGUAUCAUCUUAGUUUGCCUUACUCCUUUCUGACUUUCCCAUAUGUGGAAGAAGCCAUUCAGGUUACAUACUGUGAAUCAACAUGUGGAAACUGUUCUUACAUGACCCCGGAGAUAGAAGAAAGAUGUAGCAACCUAACGAAAGUACCCACAGCAUCUACCGAGGGAGCACCUCCUCGCCCAAGACAUCAUGAGCACCAUCACAGACACGGGGACCUGCUUUUUGAAAAUCAAAAGCAACAUGGCACUGGCCAUGCCCACAAACAUCAGUCCCAUCAGGUCCGACAGCACAGGGUUAGCACAGGUCAGGCAGGUAGCUUGGAAGUAGCUGCAGCUGCCCCACAAGCGAUACGUCUCUGACGAAAAGGGAAUGCCAGCUGCAACCGGCAGUUGAGCUGAUCCUGGCUGCAGGAGACAGGACCUGCUUCAGGUAGCUGAUGCUGACACUGCCGACACCUGUUGUUUGCGGAUCUGGCUAGCACAGCCUCCUGAUACUGUCGUGGUGAGCUCCCAUCUUCCUGCAGGUGACAGGG